AGUCAUUGCCACCUAAUUAGCAACUAUAAAUAACCGUUAUGGCCUCUAAAGACAAGGAUAUUGUCCGCCGGAAGUUGGUCAUUGUUGGAGAUGGAGCUUGUGGGAAAACCUCAUUGUUGUCCGUAUUCACGCUAGGAUACUUCCCAAAGAACUAUAAUCCGACUGUUUUUGAGAACUUUGUAACGGAUGUCAAAAUUGAUGGAAAGCCUGUACAGUUAGCACUAUGGGAUACAGCUGGACAAGAAGCAUAUGAGCGGCUCCGACCACUCUCUUAUACCAAAGCACAUGUCAUUCUCAUUGGGUACUCUGUUGACACGCCUGACUCUCUAGAUAACGUCACGUCGAAGUGGAUUCAAGAAGUUCAAGUAUAUUGUCCCGAUACACCUGUUAUCCUCGUCGGAAUGAAGAAGGAUUUAAGAGAUGAAUAUGAACAAGCAGCCAAUACGGAACAGCCUAAGACCACUCGAUUUGUCACCACAGCUGAAGCCGAGCGUGUAGCACAAGAGAUUGGAGCACGGAACCAUUUAGAAUGUAGUGCAUUGACAGGUGAUGGUGUGGACGACGUGUUCGAAGCAGCAACACGUGGAGCAUUGACGCAAGGCAAUCAGUCUCAAGAAAGCGGGUGCUGUGUUAUCCUGUAAAGAAUUAUGCAUAGCGCAACGCGUUCUUAACAUACUACGGCACAGCACGACACGGUACAGCGAAGCACAACACAACAUAUCACAGCAUAGUACAUCACUUGAAUAGGAAAAGGGUGAUGGAAAAAAAAAAAAUCAAGUUUUGAAGAGAC